AUGCCUGAUGAAAAGCUAGACGUCGUUGAAGGCUACGAAUACGAAUUGUCUGAUAUUGAAAUUCAACAGAUCAAGGAACAUAAUCAACGUCGUGUAAAACGUGUUGUAGCACUUGUGGCCGUACUGAUGACACUACUUGCUUUGGGACUCGUAACAAUGUCGUUGGCUUUGGGAAACCGAAUCGAUAUGAUGGUGGAAGAAGACAUGGAGAAACGAGCCGCUGACGUCUUCUUACGUACCGGAAUCAACAUCACUCAACGACGGUAG